CGACACCCGGACGCGAUGCGUGUGUCCGCCUUUCUGCUGGCGCUGUGUCUGCCGGCGGUACUGCUGCUUCCGGCGAGGCACCCCCGGGGACCCAACGCCCACCGCGAGUUCUGGAGGCAGAAGCUGCACGUCAUCGGGACCUUCUUUCGCAGGCUGGGCAGUGAGGCGACGAUGACUGCGGCGUCCAACCGCUUCCUGUUGUACUGCGGAGCGUGCAAGCUGGCCACGUCAGUGCUACAGAAGUACAUAAAGCAGGGCAAGUCGGAGGAAAGGCUGGUCUCCUUUCUCAGGACCGCCUGCAAGAUGUUCAAGAUCAGUACGCCCCGGGUCUGCGACGGCAUCAUUUCCCACUACAAGGAGGAGUUCUUCUUCGUGCUAAAGCACACCGAGAUGGACUCGACCCAGAUCUGCGGCACUGUGUUCCCGGACGAGUGCGAGAGCCACACCGUCGUCAACUGGACCGUGCCGCUGCCUCCACGACGGAAACUCCGGCCGGACCCGGUGCCGGCCCCGAGUAGCGGCUGCCCAACGUUGCGGGUGCUGCACCUGAGCGACACGCACGUGGACAUGGGUUACGAGGAGGGCUCUUUGGCCAACUGCGAGGAGCCCCUGUGUUGCCGCGCCAACGACGGUAGGCCCCGCGGGCCUGAACACGUGGCCGCCGGACACUGGGGCUACUUCAGGCACUGCGACAUCCCGCCCAGGACCUUUGAGAACAUGCUCAAGCACAUCCGGGACUGCCAAAAGAUUGACUACGUGAUCUGGACGGGGGACAGUGUGGCCCAUGACUACUGGAACACUUCCCGAGAGAGCAACCUGGCCGUCAUAGACUACACCACGAAGACGCUGGCCAAGUACUUGGACCCCAGCGGUGUGACCGUUUUUCCAGCCCUUGGGAACCACGAGGGGGAACCUUCCGACAGCUUCCCGGUGCCGGAAGUAAAGGGGAACAUGUCCAUCUCCUGGCUCUACGACGCUCUGGUCGAGAAGUGGAGCCACUGGCUGCCGGAAUCCACGGCCAUCACUCUUAAGCGAGGAGGUUUCUACGCUACCAAAGCUUUCCCUGGACUCAAGAUUGCUUCUUUGAACAUGAACUACUGCAACAGUCUGAACUGGUGGCUGCUGCUGAAUUCCACAGAUCCUGCCCACGAACUUUUGUGGCUCGUCGAACAGCUCCAGGAGUCGGAGAUCCAAGGAGAAAAGGUUCAUAUCAUCGGUCACAUCCCACCUGGAAUGGACGACUGCCUUCAGGUCUGGAGCGAAAACUACCACAGGAUAAUUUCUAGGUUCGAGGACACCGUUCGCGGCCAGUUCUUCGGACACACACACAUGGACGAACUCGAGCUCUUCUACGACCCGACAGACGCCAAGCGGGCCAUAGGCGUGGCGUACCUGGCACCCAGCGUCACCACUUUCAAUUCGGGGCAUCCAGCCUUCCGUGUGUACACUAUCGAUGGAAACUAUCCCAACAGCACGUGGAUGGUGCUGGACCACGAAACGUACAUCAUGAACUUGACGGAGGCCAACGCCAGCCCCGAAGCCGAGCCCGUCUGGAAAGCGGAGUACUCGGCCAAGCGCGCUUACGGCAUGGCCUCGUUGCAGCCUCAGGAGUGGGACAGGAUUCUCAGGAAGAUGGAGGACGACGACGUCCUCUUCGACCGCUUCUACAGGUACUACACUAAGCAGAACCCCCUGAAGGCACCAUGCAACACGGCGUGUCGCACGAAGGUCCUGUGCGAACAAAGGACAGCGCGGUCAUCCGAUUUACGAUUCUGCUAGCCUGUGCCGACAGACCCCUAGCAUCAAUAGGAAUACUCAGCAGCGAAACAGCUUUUCGCGGGGCAAUGUUUCGCUACAGCACCUGAA